UCGGCAACGUAUUUUAGAGAAACUGUAACUCAAAAUUGACGCUGGUAAAUCAUAUGUUUUGCAAAGCUUUGUGAACAGUCGCAUUGUAAUGUAAAGGGUAAUGUAAAAUUAAAUGUACGUUAAACGUUUCUGUGCUAGACGACAAUAAGGUGAUACAUAACUGUAUAAUCGGAAGUGAUUUUAUUAAAUUGCCAAAUUUAAUGCUGAUAAAGAGAGGCACACAUGUUUAUAUUCGUGAACAGGAAUAAAUAACGAACUAGUAAACGAUUUAAGUUGCUUUGAAAUUGGAAACUUCGAAAUAAAUUGUAUAUAAACAAUAAACAAAAACUUGAAUUUGAAACACUGAUGGGUGAAUUUAAAGAUUUAAUUUCAAGGUCCAUGAUUGAACUUGGAAAAACUGACAGUGUACAUAUUGAAAUUAAAGAAACCGACAUUCAUUAAUGGGACACGCGUGUAAAGGAGUUACAAAGUGCUUUAAAUAUUUAAUUCGUAGCAGUUUUAGCGUUAUUUGGUUAUCAAAACAAAGCCUAAAGCAGAAGUUUAUUUGUUAAAUUUGAUUUAUUAAUCGAUCGUAUUAAUAUUUCCGAAUUAAGAAGUAAAGUUAAAGAACACAUUGAUCACGACCAACGUAAACAGAAGUAACGUUAUGAUAAACAAAUACGUGAAGCGGAGCGAUUCGAAAUUGGUAAAUACUUGGUUUGAGUACUGAUUAUGUGUAAGGCGUGUACCGGGGCUAGCAAGAAAUUAUUAGCAAAGUUCAAAGGAUCAUUUCGAAAAAGAAAGGUGCUGUACAAUGUACGAAGUCGAAGAUUUGCGUAAACGGAGUUGCAUGUUGGUUGCAGCUGACAAACUUGCUAGAUUGGUAACAGGUCAGGCCGACACUGUCUGUUUGUUACAUAGUUUGAGGCCGAUACUGCCUCGGUGGGCCGAUACUGCCCGUUUGUUCCAAAGUUUGAGGCCGAUACUGCCUCGGUUGGCCGACACUGCCCGUUUGUUCCAAAGUUUGAGGCCGAUACUACCUAAGUGGGCUGACACUGCCGAUGCGAUGGCCGUUACUGCCAUAUUUCAAGGCCGAUACCGCCUUUGUGGACUGAUACUGCCCGAUAUGAUGGCCGUUACUGCCAUAUUUCAAGGCUUAUACUGCCUUUGUGGACCGAUACUGUCCGAUACGAUGGCCGUUACUGCCAUAUUUCAAGGCUUAUACUGCCUUUGUGGACCGAUACUGUCCGAUGCGUUGGCCGUUACUGCCAUAUUUCAAGGCCGAUACCGCCUUAGUGGGCCGACACUGCCAGAUGCGAUGGCCGUUACUGCCAUAUGUCAAGGCCGAUUCUGCCUUGGUGGGUCGAUACUGCCGAUGUGAUGGCCGUGAAUGUCAUUGAUGAUAAGGCCGUGACUGCCAUUGAUGAUAAGGCCGAAUCUGCCUUAUGCUAAUAUGGAUUAUAUGUUAUUUUCUUUUGGCCAAUAAUGCCAUAGUUCAAGGCCGAUACUGCCUUGGUGGGCCGAUAUUGCCUGAUGUGAUGGCCGUGAAUGCAAUUGAUGAUAAGGCCGUGACUGCCAUUGAUGAUAAGGCCGCGACUGCCUUAUGCUAAUAUGGAUUAUAUGUUAUUUUCUUUUGGCCGUUAACGCCAUAGUUCAAGGCCGAUACUAAGAAUAUAUAUAAAAAUGAAUCCCUAUUUCCCUUAGUCACGGCAUCGCGCGUGAAUGGCUGGCCCGAUUUCGCUAAUUCUUUUGUUGUUGUAUUUGUUAUUGUCAAAAGAAGAUACUUAUGAAAGAAAAAAUUAAGAAAAUUGCGCGGAAAAUUAGAAAAUUUAAGAAUACUUUACCACUAUAUUAAAUUAUUUCUAAUGUAACCAUAGCGCUUUUACAAUUCAAACUUUUUUGAUGUAACCUUAUGGCGUUUGACAUAACAUUGACAGAAUGCGUGCUGCAAAUGCUUCGAUCGGAGUUAUUAUAUUGAUAAAAUACAUAUAAAAUAAUUAAUUUAUUUCUAACUGAAUUUCUAAGUACACAUCACCGUUAUUUCAGAGCUAUCGCCUAAUAUUAGAACAAUAAACACUUUGUUUCUGGAAUAUUUUUUAAGUUAAUUAUACGAAUUCGAAAUCAAUAUUCAUAGUUAAGACAGGACAACGUCUGUCGGGUCCGCUAGUCUAGAAUAGAAUCAAGCUAAAUAAAAAUAUAAUCAUCAACACAGUAGUUAACCAACUGGCGAAUUGGCGCUGUUCGUUAACUCCGUUGGUCAUCAACCUAAAUAGAAUAUAUCUUAAUAGCAAAUGAACGUGGUCUGCGUUUGAACGGGACUCAAGU